CCGGGAGCAGCGUGACCGACACCGACUCCUGCUUGGGGGGGUGAGGAGGAGGAGAAGGGGAGGAGGGCGCGCGAGUGGCCGAGCGCGGAUUGGCAUCGCCCAGCACCGGACCGCAGAACCCGAGGGCAGGAUGGCAGAAAUGCAGGGGCUCAUGGAAAGACUGGAGCGGGCUGUCGGCCGACUGGAGCUGUUGUCUGCAGGGUCACACAGACCUCCUGGGGACUGCGGGGAAGUUAACGGUGUCAACGGAGGUGUGGCACCCUCUGUGGAGGCCUUCGACAAGCUGAUGAACAGCAUGGUGGCUGAGUUUUUGAAGAAAAGUAGGAUCCUGGCCGGUGACGUGGAGACCCAUGCAGAAAUGGUGCAUAGCGCUUUCCAGGCCCAGCGAGCUUUCCUUCUGAUGGCCUCUCAGUACCAGCAACCCCAAGAGAACGACGUGGCUGCACUUCUGAAACCAAUAUCCGAAAAGAUUCAGGAGAUCCAGACUUUCAGAGAGAGGAACCGGGGGAGUACAAUGUUUAAUCAUCUCUCAGCCGUCAGCGAAAGCAUUCCCGCCCUUGGGUGGAUAGCCGUGUCCCCCAAACCUGGUCCUUAUGUCAAGGAGAUGAACGACGCGGCCACCUUUUACACUAACAGGGUCUUAAAGGACUACAAACACAGUGAUCUACGUCAUGUGGAUUGGGUGAAGUCAUAUCUGAACAUUUGGAGCGAGCUUCAAGCAUACAUCAAGGAACACCACACCACAGGCCUUACUUGGAGCAAAACAGGUCCGGUCGCAUCAACUGCAUCAGCGUUGUCUGUCCUCUCCCUUGGGCCUGGCCUUCCUCCACCCCCACCUCCCCCGCCUCCUCCAGGGCCACCUCUGCUUUUUGAGAGUGAGGGCAUAAAAGAAGCGUGCUCUCCUUCACGCUCAGCUUUAUUUGCACAACUUAACCAAGGGGAGGCAAUUACGAAAGGACUCCGGCAUGUUACAGAUGAACAGAAGACAUACAAGAAUCCCAACCUACGGGCUCAUGGAGGACAAUCUCCAUCUCCUACCAAAAGCCACACUCCAGGCCCCAAGUCUCCCCAGUCUCAUCCUCCUAAGAAACAUGUUCCUGUGUUACAGCUGGAAGGGAAGAAAUGGAGAGUGGAGUACCAAGAGGACAGGAAUGACCUUGUGAUUUCAGAGACUGAACUGAGACAGGUGGCAUACAUUUUCAAGUGCGGCAAGUCUACUCUGCAGAUAAAAGGGAAAAUAAAUUCCAUUAUAAUUGACAACUGUAAGAAGUUUGGCCUGGUGUUUGACAAUGUGGUGGGCAUUGUGGAAGUGAUCAACUCCAAGGACAUUCAAAUGCAGGUAAUGGGGAAAGUGCCAACAAUUUCCAUUAAUAAGACAGAAGGCUGCCACAUAUACCUCAGUGAAGACGCGUUAGACUGUGAGAUUGUGAGUGCCAAGUCAUCUGAAAUGAAUAUACUUAUCCCUCAGGAUGGUGAUUAUAGAGAAUUUCCUGUUCCUGAACAGUUCAAGACAGCCUGGGAUGGAGCCAAGCUAAUCACUGAACCUACAGAAAUCAUGGUUUCCGAGAGACCACCAAAGCCCCUGACCUGAAUCCCCACCCCAACAUGAAAAAAAAAAAACAAAAAACAGCAGCAUUAAGGACCCAGAAGUUGCAGUAGCACCUACUGCUUUAGUUUUGGCCUCCAACAAUUCUGUGCUGUAGAAACAGCAUCAUUUCUGGCACACCUCUGAGGGCUUUUUGAAAUAUUUAACAUUUCUUCAUGAUUUGCCUUUGUGUGUGAUUUGAGUUCCACAUGAUGACUUGUGAGCAUUACAUAUUUAAAGGGAAAAAAAAAGAGAGCAUUCUGUUCCCCUCAUAUCAUUUUCACAGUAGCUGAGAGGUAAAGGUACUGCGUGACUCACUGUUACACCUGUGUUUAAUUGCUAGUUGAAAAAUACAACCUUUGAGAAUCUAAGAUGUACAUUUUUAUCUUUUAGACAAUUUCCAUAUAUAUAGUAGAAGUAUACUCUAAAAAGCUACAAUUUCUGUUUUCUUAUUUUUACCACCUUUAUCAGCAUGAAUUCACUGUCAGCCUGAAUACAUAUUUGUUUUAAAAACAUAAAGUUCCGUACUAAGAACCAUAUCCAGUUUCUUGGUCCUUGAAAAGACCUGUAUUCUUUACAGUUACCAAAAACCUAAAGUAUACUCUAAUGAUUCAUCUUAAAUAUUUUUCUGCCAUGUCACUGGGGAAACUUUUACUUCUCUGCAUAAAGACUUUUAUGCAAAAACAUUGAUAGCAAGAAGCAGGGUUUUUUUGUUUUUUGGUUUUUUGCUCUGUAAUACCUCAGAAUUUUGCUCUAGGAACAAGCUCAGUGGUUGUUUUCCAAUUUUGAACCUGUGAAAUAUCAGAUGCCUUGUAAGUGAUGUCUUUAACGUUUUAUUAUAGACUUUCUUCUUUUCCUCUUGCCAGACUUGCUAACCAGUCUCAAAAAUGAAAAUAAAAAAGCCAUAGUUAUAUUACAACUUCUAAAAUCUAAAGAAUUGUUUGUUGGCUUGGCUUGCUGCUCUUGUUUUGUGUUAUUGAUAGUACAUGCUUUUUCCAUAGAAGAGUAACUCUGAUAAUCCUUUAUCUUUUUAGUACCUAAUGCUGAAAGCCUGCAACUUCUUGGAUCACUUGUAGUGAAUUCUAGUAUAAUGCUUGCAGACCCAAGACAAGCAUAUAUAUUGUGCCUAUUACAGCCUUUGGAAUACAUCAUUUCUGUUUUUUAAAUAUCUUCUAUAACCAUAUAGUACUCGAAUUACUAAUGCUCGUGUACCACAGUUUUGCUAUAAAACCUUUUGUCCAAUGAAUAAUGUUGUGGCUUUAGUAAAUAUCUCUUUUUCAACAGUAAACUUAUUCUGAAAUAAAGUAAAAUUCUAAUUGUUUAAAUACUGUGAUGAAUUCAGGGUGUUAAAAUUUUUUUCCUCUUUGAUUUGCCCUUUGCUCAUAUGUCAGCUUUAGGAAAGAGAGCUGAGUCUUUCUAGUUGAAUUAGAGAAUUUAUCCAGCAUACCAUCAGCUUCCCUGAAGAAUAGCUUCUUCUAAACAUCAGAUAAAGCCAAAUGUAGUUGGAAGGACUGUCAGAAAUUUUUAGAAUCAGGUUUUUUUUUUAAUUGAAGUAUAGUUGAUUUGCACUAUUGCAUUCGUUUCAGAUGUACAGCGUAGUGAUUCAGUUAAUAUUUUUUGCAGAUUAUAUUACAUUACAGAUUAUUACAAAAUAUUGACUAUAAUUCCCUAUCCUAUACAAUAAAUCCUCAUUGCUUACCUGUUUUUCAUAUUGUAGUUUGUUGUUUUUUAGUCGCUAAGUCGUGUUCAGCUCUUUUGCGACCCCAUGGACUGUUUCCCCCCAGGCUCCUCUGUCCAUGAGAGGAAACUCUCAAAGGUCAUUAGCUUUAGUGGCUUUAUCUCAUUUCUCAUCCACUGAGAAUUUUUUCCCAAUAACUUUAUCUAUCUAUUUAUUUUUAGCUGUGCUGGGUCUCUGUUGUUGCCUGGGCCUUUCUCUGGUUGCUGUGAGCAGAGGCUGCUCGCUAGUUGCCUUGCACAGGCUGCCCAUUGUGGUGGCUUCUCUCGUUUCUGAGCACAGGCUCUAGAGUGCACAGGCUGUAGUGGCGGCAUAUGGGCUUAGCUGCCCCCCAGCAUGUGGGAUUUUCCUGGAUCAGGGAUCGAACCUCUGUCUCCUGCAUUGGCAGGCAGACUCUUUACCACUGAGCCAUCAGGGAAGCCCUGAGAUUCUUGAUGCUGCCCUUUUCUCGUUAAACUUCCCUUGAUUUGGUGAUACACAAUAUACUUCUCAGACUCUUGUCCCUUUAAUCUUCCCCUUCCUCUCAAGUGCUCAUCCAUCUCCCUUAACUUCAUCUAUCGCCUCUAUUUAGAUGACUCCUCCAGAGUCUUAACUCCAAGUAUACAGAGUAUUUCAGUCUGCCUGUCCCAACCCCAUUCAACAUGACAAGAUGAAUGCACCUUGCCCACACAUACCAUCUUUUCCUCAUCUGCAUUUCUAGUUUCGGUCAUAGUCUCCUCAUACCUUUCGUCAUAGAUGUGAAAUCAGCCAUUUCCUGUGAUAGGAAACACUGAAAGAGAACCAUGAGCUGGAGAAAACCGUGGUUCAGUCUUGAACAUGUUUAACUCAGGGCAUCUUUGUGAUGCUUAAUUGGAAGAGGAGAAUAGACAGUUGAAUAUGGGUUUGCAGUCUUUUCAUUGUGUCUGAUACCAAAUCUUUAAGGAUCAUUUCAGAAGUAAAAUAUAUUUAAAAAUGACUUUUAUGAAACAUGUUCAUUUCCAAAGAAUUAUUUUAAACCAUUGGCACUCUCUGUACCACUUGAUAUACAGAUAUAAUUUUAAAGGCUUUAAUUGCCUCAACCGAGACAAGUUGAUUUUAUAGUCUUUCACAGAUUUCUUUUGCAAGUUUUAACUAUUUUAAUGUUUCUGUGUGUGAUGAAGCUUAUAUCUAUGUUACAAGUAGAAAGUAAACCAACUCAGAUUAGCCCUCAGUAAUUUAUCCCUAUUUCUCCAAAUUAUUUUUUAUUCCUGUGCUCUAUAGUAACUUGGCACAGAACAUGUAACUAAUGAAGGAUACUAUUUGCUUAUUGGUAGAGAAUUUUUUCCAGGUUUCCCUUCAGAACAAGAUAUUUAUAUUUAAAGAUAAUUUUUGCCUAAAACUACAACUUUGAAUAUUUGGGUUUUAAGUCCACUUUUAAUUUAAUAUCUUGUUUUUCAGUAUAAUCAUAGUUUAAAAAAAAAAAGAUACCUCUUGCUAACAUGAAGAUCCAGAUGAAACACAUCAUCGACCAUGCUUACUUAGCCAUGAUACUGAUUAUUAAGUCUCAUUCACCAAUAUCACAAGGGUUUUUUUGUUAAAAUUCAAUUAGUAAUUUCCUGUGGUGUCAGUAUUUCAUCUUGGAAGCUAAUCAGAAGAUAUACAUUUAAACUUUUUUGUUAUUUUAAAUAAUAACUCUACAGCCUCAUUUCAACUCCUAAGUCAAUAAACUUACAAUAGGAAGUCUUCCCAUGAACAUAACAGUUCUAUAGAUUUAUUUGAUAAGAGUGAGAUUCGUUUGGGAAGACUGUACUUUCCUGCUCAUGCUCUCUAUGGGGCACAGUCAUGCACACACAUCAUGAAUGGCACACAUCCCUAGCAGGGGUGAGCUAAUGGCGCACGUUCCCCAGCAGUCUGCCCUGCAUACCGCCAAUAUUCCUCUUCAACUUUAAAGCUAUAGAGAAAAGAUCAGAGUGAGUUAGAUGCAGACAGUCAGUCAGUUCCGGGGCAGUGAUUGCCUUCUGCAAUCAAGCAUGAUAAAAUCUAUAAUCCUUUAUGGAUAUUUGAAGACAUUGUCCUGUAGCAUUAUAAAAGAUGUAUAGAGGUCCAGAGAAAUAUUUUACAAGAGCCAUGUACAAUAUGUAUCUUCAGGAAAAUGAUACAAGUUUAUGGAAACAUGAUAUUUAAAGGGGUUGUAAGUUUUAUAUAUAUAUUCUCCAUAUCCUGAGAUAGACAAAAGUUGGAUAAAAUAACCAGGAGUUUCCUCCACCAUUAUGAAUCUCACUUUUUUAGCUCUAAUUGUAAGGGCAAAUUGAAAUAGAUUUUUAUAUUUAUCUGACUAACAUAAGCAAAAAGAAAGUAAUUUUAUAUGCCUAUUGGAAAAGAAAUAGUAUUUGAAAACCUCAGGUAUCCAAAUUACCCAUGCAAAUUACCAGACUAAAUAAGGGGUCACUACUUUACUAUAUGCUCAUUCAUGGGUCACAUGUAAUUAUCUGAAGCCUUUAAGAAGAAUGUUAAUAUAAGCCCAUUCACUGGAUGUGGAAUUCAGGGGGUGAUGUCCCAAGAUUAACAAUUAAAAUCUGGUUCUCUACAGAGUUAUCAAAAUGUUCCUUUGUUAGCAUCUAAAAUAAUUACACCAGCAAUAUGGUCUACAUUCUGCAGGCUGUUUCUACCAACUGGCUAGACAACUAUUUUCUCAAUUCCAUACUCUAUAGUUUACAGAAAUAAGUCUCUCUUCAACAUCUACUAGACAGACGUAUUUCCAAUAAAACUUAUCUUCAGGGGAAAAAAAAACCUCAAGCUUCAUUAACUCUUCACAAAAAGUAAGUGUUGCAUUAAUCAAAAAGAGCUUUGGCAUGGAAUCAGAAAAUACAAUUUUCAUUCUGAAUCUGCCACUAACCAGAGAUGUGCCCACUUGACAAGCACCUGUGACACCUUUAAAGACGUGAUUCUUUUAAUAUGAGAUCAGUGUGUCAAAAUGUUUUUAAAAUAUAAUUAAACAAAUAUACAACAAAACUGUGUCAGAGUCACUAAGUUGUCCACCAAAAUCUAUCCUUCUUUCCUUACUAGGCUACAUCUCCCAGUCUCCACUGCAGUCUGAUGACCAUGAGAAUAAAUGCUCCUUGAGGGAAUGUGAGUAUUAAGUAACGUAAAUCCCACUUCAGGACUUACUCUUUUAAGGGCACAUAUUUUCUCAUGCUCCGUUUCCCUUCUACCAGUCAUAUCCUGGAUGUGGCAACCAGCCUUAAUCAUGCAGAUAACAAUAUGCUCCUGUUAUGCAAGAAUAACAAGUUAGAAGGAGCCUGGGUCCUUGAAUCACAAUAGGAAGACAGCCACUCACUGACCUGAACCUGCUUUAAGCAAUCACAUGGGAGAUAAACUUAGCUUGUGCUUAAGAUAUUACAUAGUUGGGUUUGUUUAUCAGAGAACAUUAACCUACCAAAACUAAUAUGCCAGCUAAGGAAGCCCAUGUUUUUACUGAUUCAGUCAUUAGACACCUUUUAAGAAUUUGAAAAGUGUACAGACCACUAUAAUAUUGUAAAGUAAUUAGCCUCCAACUAAUAAAGAUAAAUGAAAAAAAAAAAAAGUGAUUAGAAGGUUUGUGGAAAGUUUCCCUGAAG